UGGAUCAUGCACGAACAUCCUUCUUUUCUCGACUGCACUCCUCCAAAAUAGCGAAUGUUCUCAGGGAAACGUCCACUCUACAGUUCAUUAGUAUCCAUUAAAAAGAAAACAAAAGAACACCGUGAAGGCAACAGGCGUUUAUAACGGAGUCUCAACGAUGUCUGUGGACCUUCAAAACAAUAGCCAACCUGAGAAAACUUCAGACUGUGGUCUAAAGAGCAAGUUCAAAAGGAGACGAAGGAGAAGGUGUAUUAGGAAAGAAGGAGUCAGCAUGGUAUCAUCCUUUGUAGAUCUGAAGAGGGAAAGUGAACCUUGGAGACCAUCAACAGAAGAUGGGGACAAUUCAAGUUCCAGCAGCUUGGAGGUAAAGGAAAAUCGGGAUAGCAGAAACCACACUGAGCGUUCCACACCAUCAAAACAAACAACAACCAUACACAAAGCCUUCCAGAGAGCCGGGACACGAGGUCUGAAGAGAAAGCAGCCUUUGGUGGAGGGCAAAGACAGGCACCUCUACCAACUCCAACUGACCUCUAAGCGAACAGCCUGGUCAGUUAGUCAGAAGAAUGCCCUGGUGCAGCUAAAUGAGCUUCAACCAGGUCUUCAGUAUGAGAUAGUAUCCCAAACAGGACCAGUGCAUGCACCUGUGUUUGCCAUAAGUGUUGAGGUCAAUAGCCUGAGGUUCGAGGGGCGAGGACCAACCAAAAAGCAGGCUAAGAUGAGGGCGGCAGAGCUGGCCCUUCGCUCCUUCAUUCAGUUCCCCAACGCCACCCAGGCUCAUUUGACCAUGGGCAACCUCACCAACACCACUUCAGACUUCACCUCCGACCUUGCGGAAGUAGCCAGUACCCUUUUCCAGGAGUUUGAUCCAUCCACACAAAAGGACUAUUGCACGACAGGUGUAAAAGAAUCAGUUUCUACAGUGUAUGACCAUGGAAGACUAAUGUGUUUCUCUCUGGAUUUAAUGGCCUCAGCGGACCCAAAAAGGCAAAGCUUUGGCUCUACCAUCAUGGGGCAACUGAGUCCAGUGGCUAUAUUAAAUGACCUGCAUCCAGGGUUGAGGUAUGUCUGCCUUACAGAGAGAGUGCAGGGAAGGCCUAUUAGGAGUUUUGUGAUGGCUGUGAGAGUGAGGGGGAGGGUGUUUGAAGGAUGUGGGCGCAGUAAGAAGCAGGCCAGGGCCCAGGCAGCAGAAGCAGCCUUGCAACAGCUGUUUAAUGUCAGCCUGGGGCGGUGCAGAAACUCCUUCGGUCAGGCUGCCUAUGGGACGAAGAGCAGUCAGCUACCUCAGUGCUUUGCAGAGCAAGUAUUCCACAUGGUGAGAGAGAAAUACUAUGAGCUGUCUGACAGGUGCUCCUCAACCUCGCACACCCAUCACAAAGUUCUGGCAGGAAUCGUGAUGACCAGAGGUUUUGAUUGGAGACAAGCCCAAGUUGUGGCCUUGGGGACAGGGACUAAAUGUUUAAGUAGCGGGAACAGCAGUGACCAGGGACUGGCUGUCUGGGAUGCCCAUGCUGAGGUUAUUACCCGGCGAGCCUUUGUUCGCUUCCUCUACUCUCAACUGGAACUUCUCCUGGGUGAAAGGAGAGACGACAUGGAGGCGUCCGUCUUCAUCCGAGGCCCUGGCCCUGGGUACCGCCUGAGAGACGGCGUCCUCUUCCACAUGUACGUCAGCUCAUCCCCCUGCGGAGACGCUCGCCUCAACUGCCCCUACGAGCUCACGGCUACCCAACCCUGCAGCCACCGAUUGGUAAGGAACUUCCACUGCCAUCUCAGGAUGAAGAUGGAGGUGGGCGAGGGCACACUUCCUGUAAGUGUGAGGCGGCCCAAUCAGAGAUGGGACAACGCACUGGUGGACCAAACUCUUGUUACCAUGUCCUGCACUGACAAAAUGGCCAGGUGGAACGUUCUAGGUCUUCAGGGUUCCCUCGUGUCUCACUUUGUGGAGCCGGUGUACCUCCACAGCCUGACGGUGGGCAGUCUGUGUCACACUGGUCACCUGGGCAGGGCCAUGGUGCGGCGGCUCGGCCAUGUCACCCACCUGCCUUGCCCCUACAGACGCACCCACCUGCUCCUGGGCUGCCUCAGUAGCAGUGAGGGCCGCCAGCCAGGGAAGGCCCUGCCUUCCAGUAUGAACUGGAGCUGGGGUGAUGGAGAGCUGGAGGUGGUCAGCAGCUCCACAGGAAGAAAGGAAGACUCAUGGGUGCCAUCUCGGCUCUGCAAGCACUCCCUCUUCACUCGUUGGCAGAGACUACAUUACCAGCUGAAGAGAGGAGAGUUUGGUGUGGAGAACAAGACGUACUUGGAAGUCAAGAUGGCCGCUAAGACCUAUCAGAAAGCCAGGCAGAAGUUUGUCCUCUCUCUACAGGACUCGGGGCUGGGAACCUGGGUUAGGAAACCACCAGGCCAGGAGGACUUCCAGAUCAGUGUGUGAGUGUCCAGACACCACGGUGAUGGAGUGUAGGUCCGUGUUUGUAGGUGUGACUGUGUGUUUGACCAAGAAAGGGCGAGGAGAGAAAGGGACAUUAGAAAGUUUUCAUGUGAGUUUGUGUGUCCAGAAUAAGAUGAGUAUAUGGCUGUCCCUUCUUUCCAAACUAACAAAAGGCCCCAAAGAUGAUCCUGUCUUACAUCUUACCCACAUGUAAUAGUCAUUCAGUCCCACCUGUUGAGUUGUUGACACAGAUGAGAACACAGGAAAGUAUUAAGUCUAGUUAUCUGUGAGAAAAGAGAACUCUCGGUUUUAGUCAGGUGUGCAAUGUUCAAAUCUGCUGAUUCACACACACUUUAUGAUGACUCACUAUGAAUCAGCGGGACUGAAGUAAAAGCUUUUAGUGCUCUUAACUGUCUCUCACUGAAACAGCACCGCUAAUUCAUUGUUUGCGCUCAUGGCUGAAAUUCAGCAGUAAAGCUCAUGAUUAAAUCAUAUCUGUUUCUUUUUCUACAAGUUAAAUGCUACAUUGUUUCUGUGACUUCCCUUUUUGUGUUUCUUUUAAGUGCUUUAACAUGUCACUGUUAUUACAGGGCUGUUUUAUGUCAAAGUUUUUGUUUGAUUUCUAAAAGAACAUUACGAAAUGUGUAAUUGUAGCAGACAAAAGAGACAGGACUUGGUAAAAAGGAUAAUGGACAAUGAGGGACCUCUAGUGGUACAAAGAGGUCACAACAGGAAUAUGGACAGGGUGGCCCACUAAUUUAGAACUACUGGUAGAGGAGAAUGGUACCAUUUGUGAAUCAACAAAUGCAUUUCACCUGCUUACAAUAUGACAAGGUUGUGUGUGACACAUAUGACUAGAAUAGUACUCUCUUGAAAGGUAUUCUCUUCUUGAAUGGUCAACUAUGUUCCUCAACUUAGUAGAUUGUUGUAUUUCUAUUAUUUGUUCAGAUGUUCAUUUGAUCUCUUUGUAUGUAUAGCAAAUGUGGGAAAGCUUGUACCGUAGUAAAGGGCUUGUGACUGUGUAUAUUUUUGCUGACAAUAACAGAUACUCAUAGUUUGUCUUGUAGUUUUGACAGAUAGCCAUUGUUACAUGACACUCUUGUCAAUUUCAGUGACUUUUGAUAUGUCGGAUUUAAAUGAAUAUUUUUGUUAUAGGAAGUAAAUUUGCUAAUUUGUA